UAAGAAAGGAAUCUCUCACUCUUUUUUUCUUCACAAUAUAGAAACAACCAAUGAAUUUCUCACCUUACCUAUGAAGUUUCUCAAAAGCCAAUCAUCAGAAUUCUUAGUCUAGAGAAUUUUCUCUACUUUUUUACUAAUAUAUAUACUCCACGAGUGAACCAAAACCUUCCCCUUCUUCCCUCUCUUCUGUUUUCCUUUCAACCGCCAAUCAUUUUUGCUCUUUAAUCAUUCUUGAUUCUUUCUAAAUUCGAGAUAGAUUCAAAGAUACACCCCUUUGAAGAUAAGUUUACCAAAGUUAAAAGAAAAGAAAGAAAAUGGCACAAACAAGAGUGCUGGAGUGCUGUAACUGUUUCUUGGUUUUGUUUCUUGUCUUUAUGCCUAUGGUUUUAGGUAGCCCUAGUGUUGGAGUGAACUGGGGAACCAUGUCAACGCAUCAUUUACCACCAGAUAAGGUGGUUCAAAUGCUGAGAGAAAAUGGUUUUAAGAAGUUGAAACUGUUUGAGGCUGAUGAGAAAAUCUUAGCAGCCCUCAUUGGGACAGAUAUUGAAGUUAUGUUAGCCAUACCAAAUUACAUGUUGCAGACGAUGAGUCAGGAUACUGAGGCUGCUGCUUCUUGGGUAUAUGCUAAUGUAACUAGUUAUUCUUAUACCGGCGGAGUCAAGAUCAAGUAUGUAGCUGUAGGGAACGAGCCUUUCCUUCAAACAUAUAAUGACUCGUAUAUUCACUCGACACUACCAGCCUUAAAAAACAUACAGGAAGCUCUCAAUAACGCAGAGCUGGGGUCCAAGAUCAAAGCCACUGUCCCUUUCAAUGCUGAUAUCUAUUACUCCCCUGAAUCAAACCCAGUUCCAUCUGCCGGUGACUUUAGGCCUGAAAUCCGAGAUGUUACAACAGAAAUAAUUCAAUAUCUUCAUUCAAAUGGUGCGCCUUUUACUGUCAAUAUCUAUCCUUUUCUUAGUCUCUAUGGCAACGAUUACUUCCCUAUGGAUUUUGCAUUCUUUGAUGGAAGUAACAAGCCCCUUAGAGAUGGGAAUUUGGUUUACACCAAUGUGUUUGAUGCAAAUUUUGACACUCUUGUACGAUCAUUAGAAAAAGCUGGAUAUCCUACCAUGGAUAUUAUAGUUGGAGAAGUUGGGUGGCCUACUGAUGGUGAUAAAAAUGCAAACAUAAAAAAUGCAAAAAGAUUCAACCAGGGAUUGCUUGGACAUGCUUUGAGUGGAUCCGGAACCCCAGCAAGAAAAGGCACCAUUGAAAUCUAUCUGUUCAGCUUGAUUGAUGAGAAUGGUAAGAGUAUUGCUCCUGGAAACUUUGAGAGGCAUUGGGGAAUUUUUGAGUUUGAUGGGAAGCCAAAAUAUGAAUUAGAUUUAUCAGGAAUGAUGGAGAACAAAGGUUUAGCUCCAGUUGAAGGUGUUGAAUACAUGGAGAGGAAAUGGUGUGUUCUAAACCCAGAUGCAGAUAACUAUGAGGAGUUGCCAGAUAGUAUAGACUAUGCCUGUAGCCUUUCAGAUUGUACUGCUUUGAGUUAUGGAUCUUCCUGCAAUCACCUAAGUGCCAGAGGAAAUGCUUCGUAUGCUUUCAAUAUGUACUUUCAGAUUAAUGACCAACAUCCUUGGAACUGUGAUUUCUCUGGAUUGGCCAUUAUUACAGACAAGGAUCCAUCUGAAGGUGACUGUGAGUUCCCUGUGAUGAUAGUUUCUCAUUCUGCACUGCUUCUGCAGACAGGAGUUUUAGAUACAUUGGCAAGAGUAGUUGGGGGAUUUAUGGUUUUUGCACUUGUUCUAUGUUAGAUUCUAUCUGCAUGUAACCACUAUUAUAAAUUACCCCAAAAUUGAUAGAAUUUUAUAUUCUCCUGUAGAAUUUUAUCAGAAAU